AUGCCCUUCGGUCUUCAUGAUGCCGCCCAAAUAUUCCAGAUGUUCAUUUCCCAUGACUUACGUGGUCCACCGUUUGUGGCCGCCUACAUCGAUGACCUCUUGGUGGCCAGUCAAAAUGCCGAAGAACGCGAAGAGCACGUUACUUUAGUGUUGGGCCGCCUCGCUAGAUAUGGCGUAGUCAUCAACCUCCGAAAGUAGGUUUUUGGCCUGCCUUCCCUUGAAUUACUUACCAACAUUUUGACUCAUAAGGCUUGCGUCCUCUCCCCUCCAUGGUCAAAGCCAUUCAUGACUUCCCUCCACUUACCUCUAAGCAUCAGAUGCGACGUUUUCUCGGCCUGGCCAACUUUAACCGCCGGUUUCUUCCGAACUGCGCCGACCUUAUGCUGCCACUGACUAACAUAAUUUCUGAUCCAGAAGGUCCCCUUUGAGCUAACUGGUGGCACACUAACUGCUUUCGAGAGAAUCAGAGCCUCUUUUGAUGACGCUGCCUUGCUCAUACAUCUUGAUCCCCAAGCCCCGCUAUCCCUCAAGAGGAAACGUCACAACAAGUCCCCACUGGGCACUCCCCAGCCCCAGCGCAUGUUUCAAACAUGCGCACCUGGAUGUCAUAGAUCCCUUUUCUCCAUCCAAAGGUUAUGCUCAGCUUCUUAACUGCGUUGAUCGGAACACCCGCUAGACUGAAGCCAUUCCUUUGCCGAACGUGCAGGCUGAAACAAUCGUGAAGGCCUUCGUCAGUCGUUGGAUCGUCAUUUUCGGUGACCCGUCCACGAUUACGACUGAUCGUGGUGCCCAGUUUGAGUCUGCUCUCUUCCGAACCCUCCUCAAUUUUCUUGGCUGCGCGCGCAUUCGGACGAGAGCAUACGAUUUAAUUGCCAACGGUAUGGCUCUGUGUUUCUAUCUCCAGCCACAGACUGUGCCGCGUACCGCAGAAGGCCCAGGAAACUGGUCAGACAACCGUCCCCUUGUACUCCUCGACAUUCGCGCAGCUCUAAAAUCGUUUUGGACUGUAGCGCAGCUGAACUGCUUUCCGGUACUAACCUUCGACUGCCAAGCUAGAUGGUCAGUCCGACUUCUCGUGCUGUAGACGCGACCUCCGACAAUUUUGCGCACCGUGUGGAGCAGUUCAUGCGUUUGCUUUCACCGGCUCCGCCGCGAACCCCAGCGACCGAUUCUUAUGUCGAAAAAGGCUUGGACAACUGCAUUCAUGUGUCCGUCCGGUGUGACCGCCUGCGCCAGCCGCUGGAAUCACCAUACGAGGUGUUAUUUAUGCCAAACAGAAGGUUAAUUGUAAACAGGACGUGCACUGAGUACGGGAGACAGCAUCGCCUUGUAGAAACGGCCGGGUAUAUGCCAAGGGGCAUGUCAUAGGUUGAAAGAUGGCUAAUCAGCAGCAAGGUUGUCUGAACGGCGAUGCACGACCUUGGUCGCGCACAUGUGGCGUGAUGUCUAGACAGUACGGGGCAGCAUACUUUGAAUCCCUCCACCCCAACGUUGACAGCAUCGGGAUGGGGGGAAGGAAACAGUAAAGGUAUAAGUGGAUAGUUAAACAAUGUUCUAAUGGAAGUCGUCCUGAAAGCGUUGUAGUGGACAGCCACAGUAGCUACGUCACGCCUCUCGCUAGAGCCUGCACUACGCAUCUGGUCGAUACUCUGCCUGCACCAUGCGAAAUUUCUCUCUACCCUCGCAUGGGCUCAAGGCCAACCAACGAAACUCCCCCACUCGCUGAUUGGUACAUUGACAGGCGAACAGUCCAGACCACUAGCGUAAACAAUCUGCCACGACACUUUUGCAGCGGCGACCUUCGGCGACACACAGCUCGUUGCUCUCGCAGACUCCGCCUCCGCGGCGCCGGAUGCAUCCUCAUCCGGUUGCCACCUUCCCUUCAUUAUUAUGUACAGAACAAAUAAAUAAUUUUCCUCUUCAACUGGCGUCCCGCUUCAAACAGUUUCGGAUAUGGCCUGAAGUUGUGGCGUACUGAGCGUACACCAUCACCGCUUAGCCACUACAGCGUUGAACAGGUUUUCGGAUUCGGGUCGAUCUUCUGAGGAUGGUAUUUUCAACCUCUGCGUUGUUUUGUGGAGUCACUGGUUCCUCUGCCCCUGAGUCCGUGCAGGCCAGGGUAGAAGUAAGAGGGGUAGCAGACACCUCGGUCGGUAGCGUUGUGCUCCAUGCAGGCAGUAGAUGUUCAGUCCUUGGGAUGCCUAUCAAGGGUUGCUGGCAAUCCGAAUUUUCCGAAUUAUCCACUUACUAUGUCCGUUCGGCCGCUUACCCGGUUCAUAUGUCCACGAACAAUUCUCCCGUCUUUUAACUCUAAUUAUACUACUUACCCGUUGCUUGUUCGCACUGUCGCUGGACACCAGUUCGUUUCGCGUUCUAGUCGCGUGCAGACAUUUUUGUUAGGCGCGAGGACUUGUGAUCGAGUGUUCACAUCAUAUCCAGCUAUCGUCUUCGUCUGUUUUUCGAUGACGCUAUCAUGCGUUGAUGGAAUAAGCAGGUCGAAUCGUGUGCGCAAAUACCGCUUGAACAUCAAUUCUGCAGGCGAAGCACCGGUCGAGUCGUUUGGUGUUAUGCGAUAGCUGAACAAAAAGCGCGACAACUUGGCGCCCAAGUCCGCUUCCGUCUGUUGGGCUAGUCCGUGUUUUAUUGUCCGAAUUGCACGCUCUGCGAGGCCAUUAGAAGCAGCAUGAUGCGGGGCAGUGGUCAGAUGCCUAAUUCCGUUUCUCUCUAUGAAUUCUUUAAAUUCUGCACAAGUAACGGCGGGACCUUUGUCCGAAACGAGCAUUUCAUGUGUCUCAAAAGUAGAAAAAAUAAACAGUUCGCAACUUGUUGAUUGUAUUCAGUGAAGAACAAGAGUUUCCUCUCGAAAUCGCAUCAAUCCAUUUAGUGUGGGCGUCAACCACCAUCAAGACCAUAUGACCUUGGGAUGGCCCAAAACAAUUGAUGUGUACCCCCUUCCACGGCGAGUUAGGCCAGACCCAAGGCCUCAGAGGCACCUUUGGCAAGGUCAUCUGUGUUCUUUGACACUAGUGACAUGCUUUCACCACAUUUUCGGUAUUAACGUCAAUUUCGGGCCAUCAAACAUUGCUGCGUGCGAGAGCAUUACGCAAGCCUCAGAGGCGUGUCGGCUUUGUAGUGGCACAACUACACGAUUGCCCUAUGGAAUGCAUCCGUCUUGCAGAUUCAACUCUUUCUGACGGCCGAAGAAUGUUUGAAAAUCAGGGGAGAUAGAGGACAGCCAUUCAGAUUGCAAGGUCCUUUUUACCCGACUUAAAAGAGGGUCUCUCUAUGCCUACUCUCUAACUUGUUGACAGGUUACAGCUGCGUUGACUAGGUUCUGCAAAAGAUUUACGGUCUCAAAAACAGGUGUCCCUCAACGCCAUCGUCUACAAUGGGAAGCCCACUCAAGGCUUCAGUCACUACGUUUGCAUUACCCUAAUGUACUUCAUUGCAUAUGUGUAAGCAGAGAGAAUGAGUGCCCAUCGUUUCAUUCUCGGUGACGACAUCUGUCGUAUCCCUCGUUUUUCACGCAGUAAACCUAAGAGGGGAUUGUGACCAGUGUGGAUCUCGAAGGGUCGACCAAAAAGAUACAGGUGGAAGCGAUUUAGGCCAAACAUUAUUGCUAAGGCCUUUUUAUCUAGUUGCAAAUAGUUGGUUUCCGCCUGGGACAGGGUUCUUGAUGCGAAAGUAGUCGGCAUCUCCGCACCAGAAUGCAUUCGGUGCAUGUGAAUCGUACCUACACCGAACGGAGACGAAUCACAUUUCAAUAUAAUAGGCUUUUCAGUGUCAUAAUAAAUUAUGACAGAUGAAGGGGCAAGAGUCCCCUUUGCCUGUUCAAAAACACCUUGUUCGACCCCGGCCAGAUCCACCAACGAAGCCUUCAUUACUGAGGAGUCAGACAAGGCAGAAAUUUUAAAUUAUUUUUUUCCCAAGCAUUGCACUAUUGAAACUGACCCAAUCCCUUUAAUUCCUCCGUUGUCUGAUGCCUCUCUCAGCAUCAUUAAUUCUUCUCCUGAAGCUAUUCAAAAACUGAUAAACCAUCUUCCUAACUCCCACUCGGUAGGUACGGACAGCAUCCCAAACUCUCUUGUAAAACAGCUAAGAGAUUUUGCUCCUCUGCUUAUCAAGAUCUUUACAGUAUUUCUCAUAAAUGGCUUUUUUCCUGCUAGUGGAAAACUUCUAUUAUUAUUCCAGUAUUUCAGUCUGGCUGUCGUUCUGACGUUCGGAAUUAACGAGGUGCCCGUAAAACAACUUCUCUCACCAAAACCUUUGAAAAAAUUGUCGCCAUAAAAAUUACCGACUUUUGCGUAGCCAAUCAAGUUAUUAGCCCUUCCCUGCGUGGUUUUCUACCAGACCGCUCUUGUGAAAUAUGUCAUUUGUCGUUUCUCAAUCUACUUAUUGCUCUUCGUAAUGACCAUCUAUCUGUUGUCGUUAUUUAUUUUGAUCUUAGUAAAGCCUUUAAUAAAGUGUCACAUAAAAGACUCGUGGUUAAAUUUGAAGCUCUGGGAAUUCGCAGUCCCCUAAUAGACCUUAUCAAGUCAUACCUGUCUAAUCGUAAACAAGGUUUAGGUGGAUUUUCAUUUUCUAAUGAUAGCCCUAUUGUAACUGGUGUCCUACAAGGCAUCGUUUUAGGUCCUCUUUACAUAAGUGAUAUCUCGGCAGCACUGAAACAUUCUCAAUAAUUUAUUUAUGCCGAUGAUCUCAAGUGUGUAUAUUCUUUCAAAAAAUCUACGAGCCUUCAUUGCCUGCAGCAAAUUCAUGCUGACUUGCUUGCUCGCUCAACUUGGAGCUCAAAAUGGCUAAUGGGAUUCUCUCCGUCUAAAUGUCGCUAUGCGUGUUUUGGACCUGAUAGGUUACUCCAUCCAGUGGACUUCCAAGGCACACCCAUGACGGAAUGUACCACCAUCAAGGAUGUAGGUUUAAGCUACACUAAUAAUCUUGAUCUCUCGCCACCCGCUGAUAGAAUUACAGCCAAAGCUGCCCAGAUUUGUGGCAUUAUUUCUUACAAUUUCCAUCUUCCUGAAAUUAAAUUAAGACGCUAUCGUAUGUUUUUACUUCUCAUUCUCGAGUAUUGUUGCCCAUUCUUUGGUUUGAUGAAUGAGGCUAGUCGGUUAAAAAUUAAAAAUUUCAAAAAACGUUUUACUAGAAAACUUUUAGGCACGGAACAUCCAAGUAUCUCCUACUCAGAUAAGUGCCAGCUAAUUAACCUAAACUUUUUGUGGGUUCGAAGACUAGAAGCAGACUUCUGUCUCCUCUUUCGCAUUGAUAAUAGUUCGAAUCUUCCGAGAAUUUCAACCAUUAUCCCUAGCAGUCGCCCACACAAUCUUCGCAACUCUUCCCUGAUUAUCCCUCCUCCCGCUUCCUCUACCUCUAAGCGCUUUCUCUUUUUUCGCUUCCAGGUAUACUUUUUUUGGAAUAACCUCCCAAUAAAUAUAUGAUCUUCAGAAAAUCUACACACUUUUGAGAGAAGGCUACGCCUUAGGCGAACACUGACUCAAUUAAACUUUUAUUUUCCUCAUCCUUCCCAGACAAGUUUCUCUAUGACACUGAGAAAGGGCCACCGGGAAUUUAGUAUGCCGCCAUUAAAUUUCCGAAUCUGCUCACAUUUCCUUCUUUUGUGAGUCGUACCGUUGCCUAGGAACCCUCAUCAAAAGUGUGAAUUUUUCGGUUUUUCACUCCGUCCAUCGUGCUCUCACAGGAUGCGAUCUACGGACGCUCUAGGCGGGACCUUCUGUAUUUGCCAUACACUAGUAGUCUGGUCGCAUCUCCCUUGCCCCCUCAUCGGCUGGAUUCGGCUGAAUGUAACCGAUCGCAUCUGAGUUCCUAUCGCCUCGAGACUGGUUUUCUAUUCGCCACAUUGACAUUAAUAGCCUCAUCCGACAUAAAAAUUCUGCCUUGAUGAUGCUUGUUUCGAUCCUCUUACUCAAUAUCACAUACAGGCCAGUUCUGACUGACCCGCCUACUUACUCCUUCAUUAAUUCCGUUAUAUACUGCCACAUACAGGCCGGUCCUGCCUGCUUUGUCUGUAUUUAGGAGCGAGGGUUUUUUUUGCUAUUGUUUUUUUCAGUCAUACUAAUUUUGCUUUUAUUUUAGGAGUUUUUUUCACCGCUCGCUCAUAAUUUUUCCUAACAUACUACUUAUUCGAUAACUAUGAAUUGAUAAUUGUAUAAAUUAUGUAUACUUCGUCCAAAAUUCUAAAAUUAAUCUAAAAGUUAUUCUUACUAGCUGUAAUAGGACCCCCACGGGUCUUGAAUAAAAAUUAUUAUUAUUUUUAUCAGUAGUUAUUUACUUGCUUUUUUUCAGGCUUCUGUAUACCAUUCGGUGUCGUCUUACGUCGCCCUCCUGUCUCAGAGAGGGUGCUGUGUCGAGGUCCGAACUACCUGGUUUUUAACAUGCUCGUGCCUUUUCAUUGACUGCCCUGGUUGUUUUUUGGUGAUAGACACACUGCAGUAAGCCAACGGCCGCAUUGUUUGCGUGCUUCAUGAUCAGGUCGUUGGAUAUUUUAAAGAUUACCUUUGCUUACCUAAUGGGUUUUCUUAUUGUCGGUCUUACUAAGGGCUCGUAAGAUAUAGGUCGCUAGUUCGUGAUAACAGUGCUAUUAACGAUAGAAGCGAACAGGCGAGUUUAAGGUAACAGUUCAGAAGACGAAGAUGCGAUCACUGGAACAAGAAAUUUAUUAGCCUGACGUUUCGGAUUCUCACUCGAAUCCAUAAUCUGAGACAUUCGCAGAUAAAGGUGAUGGUGGCACACAGCGUGCAGUAUUUAUAGCACGUGGCUGCCGCAGGACUGUAUGCGCACUGUUAUUGACAGCUCCUCUCCGGCCUAUCGUAUCACUAAAGGGCACACCAACCUACGGACUGGCAAAGUAGCUGUUCCAACGUCUCAAGUUUCUGACCUCCGAUUCGAACACCACAGUCAGCUCGUCAACGCAAUUCUUGGAGACACUUAAAGGAGUAAGUCUCCUGCCACGCGAUGUCAUGGUUUCCUUUGAUGUCACGUCCCUUUUUACUUCAAUCCCACAGGGCCUGGCAGUCGAGACUAUCGAACUACUCCUACGAAAGAAAUACGACGAAACGGAGAAUCUCCUCGGACACGCCCAAAUCGUCCAGCUCCUGAAGUUCUGUCUCAAGACGUACUUUAUAUUCGACAGAAAAAUCUACGAGCAGGUGAAGGGAACGCCAAUGGGUUCGCCGAUUUCGGGACGCAUAGCCGAGGAGGUCCUACAACGGCUGGAGUCGCUGGUUUUCUGA